AAGCAACGCUUGGGCACAAGGGGACGGCGGCCGGCGCGGGCGGGCGCGGCCUUUGUCUCCUCCUCUGGCGCGCUCCGCGGCUGCACUGGCCCCAUGCGCCCGCGGCCCCCCGGCGCCCCGGCCGUCUGCAGUCCCUGAUCUGUCCUACUCUGUCCUCGUCAUGGCCGAAGCUACCUCCGGCUCUGGGGGCACGUCCCUAGAGGGUGAGCGCGGCAAGAGGCCCCCACCAGAGGGCGAGCCUGCAGCCCCGGCGUCCGGAGUUCUGGAUAAGCUUUUUGGGAAGCGGCUCCUGCAAGCGGGUCGAUACCUGGUGUCCCACAAGGCGUGGAUGAAGACUGUGCCCACGGAGAACUGCGAUGUGCUGAUGACCUUCCCAGAUACAACAGAUGACCACACACUGCUAUGGCUGCUGAACCACAUCCGCGUGGGCAUCCCCGAGCUCAUAGUGCAAGUCCGCCACCACCGCCACACGCGUGCCUACGCCUUCUUCGUCACCGCCACGUAUGAGAGCCUACUCCGAGGGGCUGACGAGCUGGGUCUGCGUAAAGCAGUGAAGGCCGAGUUUGGCGGGGGUACCCGCAGCUUCUCCUGCGAGGAGGACUUUAUCUACGAGAAUGUGGAGAGUGAGCUACACUUCUUCACUUCCCAGGAGCGCCAGAGCAUCAUCCGCUUCUGGCUUCAGAACCUGCGUGCCAAGCAGGGUGAGGCCCUGCACAACGUGCGUUUCCUGGAGGACCAGCCAAUCAUCCCUGAGCUGGCGGCCCGUGGGAUCAUCCAGCAGGUGUUCCCGAUCCACGAGCAGCGCAUCCUGAACCGCCUUAUGAAGUCAUGGGUACAGGCCGUGUGUGAAAACCAGCCUUUAGAUGAGAUCUGCGACUAUUUUGGCGUGAAGAUUGCCAUGUAUUUUGCCUGGCUGGGCUUCUACACAUCGGCGAUGGUGUACCCAGCCGUCUUCGGCUCUGUCCUGUACACAUUCACGGAGGCCGAUCAGACAAGCCAGGAUGUAUCCUGCGUGGUCUUUGCCCUGUUCAAUGUGGUCUGGUCAACGUUAUUCUUGGAGGAGUGGAAACGGAGGGGGGCAGAGCUGGCCUACAAGUGGGGGACGCUGGACUCACCAGGGGAAGCCAUGGAGGAGCCACGGCCCCAGUUCAGGGGCGUGCGACGUAUCAGCCCAGUGACACGCGCCGAGGAGUUCUACUAUCCGCCCUGGAAGCGGCUGCUCUUCCAGCUGUUUGUGAGUGUUCCCUUGUGUCUCACCUGCCUGGCCUGCGUGUUCCUGCUCAUGCUCGGCUGCUUCCAGCUGCAGGAGCUGGUGCUGAGUGUGAAGGGGCUGCCCCGUCUUGCUCGGUUCCUGCCCAAGGUUGUGCUGGCCCUGCUGGUUAGCGUAAGCGCUGAGGGCUACAAGAAGCUCGCCAUAUGGCUCAACGACAUGGAGAAUUACCGGCUGGAGAGCGCCUAUGAGAAGCACCUCAUCAUCAAGGUGGUUCUGUUCCAGUUUGUCAAUUCCUACCUGAGCCUCUUCUACAUUGGCUUCUACCUCAAGGACAUGGAGCGCCUAAAAGAGCUCCUGCUCGUCCUGUCCCUGUCCCAGAGCCUCGAGCGGCAGCUUCGGGCGGUGCUGGCCCCGCUCGUGGCCCUGCGGUUCCACCUGCUUCUCCUCUCCCUCCGGGGCCUCCUGUGCCUGGCCCGGGCCAAAAUGCUGGCCACUCUGCUGAUCACUCGCCAGUUUCUCCAGAACGUGCGUGAGGUCCUGCAGCCACACCUGUACCGGCGGCUGGGCCGAGGCGAGCUCAGCCUGCGGGCCGCCUGGGAGCUGGCCCGGGCCCUGCUUGGCCUGCUCAGCCUUCGGCGCCCCGCACCCUACCAUCUUGAACCCCAGGCAGAAGAGGGUGGUGGCAGUGGGGGCGGAGGGGGUCGCAGGUGUCUCAGUGGGGGCUGCGGGGCACCCGAGGAGGAGGAAGAGGCCACAGUGGAACGGCGGCCCACGGGGGAAGGUGGGGAGGUGGGGAAUGGGUUGAGAGGGGACAAGGAGGAGGACGAGGAGGACGAGGACGAGGAGGAAGAGGAUGAGGAUGAGGAAGAGGGCGAGGAGGGCGGCCUCCUGGACUGUGGGCUCCGCCUAAAGAAGGUCAGCUUUGCUGAGCGGGGCAUCGGGCGACAUCGGCCCGGCCCAAGUUCGGAGGCCCUCCUGGAGGAGGGGAGCCCCACAAUGGUGGAGAAGGGGCUGGAGCCAGGUGUGUUCACAUUAGUCGAGGAGGACGAUGAGGCAGAGGGGGCUCCUGGUAGCCCUGAGCGGGAGCCCCCAGCUGUCCUGCUCCGCCGGGCUGGGGGCGAGGGCCGUGACCAGGGACAAGACGGGGGCCCAGAGCCGGAGACCAGCUCAGGCGACUUGGCCCGGAGGCAGCGGCAGCAGAAUCGGUCCUCUUGGAUCGACCCGCCUGAGGAGGAGCACUCGCCCCAGCUCACCCAGGCUGAGCUCGAGAGCUGUAUGAAGAAGUACGAGGACACGUUCCAGGACUACCAGGAGAUGUUCGUGCAGUUUGGCUACGUCGUGCUCUUCUCGUCUGCCUUCCCCCUGGCUGCACUGUGCGCCCUGGUCAACAACCUCAUUGAGAUCCGCAGUGACGCCCUCAAGCUGUGCACGGGGCUGCAGCGGCCUUUUGGGCAGCGGGUUGAGAGCAUCGGCCAGUGGCAGAAGGUGAUGGAGGCCAUGGGUGUCCUGGCGAUCAUAGUCAACUGCUAUCUCAUCGGUCAGUGUGGGCAGCUGCAGCGCCUCUUCCCCUGGCUCAGCCCGGAGGCGGCCAUCGUGUCCGUGGUGGUGCUUGAGCACUUCGCUCUGCUUCUCAAGUACCUCAUCCACGUGGCCAUCCCUGACAUCCCAGGGUGGGUGGCCGAGGAGAUGGCCAAGCUCGAGUACCAGCGCCGGGAGGCCUUCAAGAGACAUGAGCGCCAGGCGCAGCACCAUUACCAGCAGCAGCAGCGGCGGCGGCGGGAGGAGGAGGAGCGCCAGCGUCAUGCAGAGCACCACGCCCGGCGAGAGCGUGACACCAGCAGCCGGGAGGAGGCCCGGGCUGAGGGCACAGGGCUGGACCCUGCUGCCCCUGACAAGGCCUCAGCCAAGGCCAAGGGCAGCGGGGUGGGUAGCCACGGUUCGGAGCGACCCAAGCGCCCAGGGUCCCUGCUGGCGCCCAACAAUGUCAUGAAGCUGAAGCAGAUCAUCCCGCUGCAGGGCAAGUUUUUGUCAUCAGGGGCUGCAUCCUCGAUGGCAGGCACGGGGCCUGGCCCCACUGCGCGGCCAACCCCUGCCCAGUCGCCCACAGGCAGCGAUACCCGCCUGCCAGCCUUCCUCAGCUUCAAGUUCCUCAAGGCACCCGAGACCCGGCGGGAUCCUGAGCGCAGCCACUCGCCACCCAAGGCCUUCCACGCCGGCAAGCUCUUCCCCUUUGGUGGCGGCACCCGGGCUGAGGCCGGGGCCAAUGGGGCGGGCGGGCCGAUCCGGCUGGACGGGACCCCUGGCGGUGGCAGCGGCAGCAGCGGCGGCCGGGCCCAGCGCAGUGGGCAGGUGGACGAGGCUGCGGCUGAGGAGCCAGACGCCCUCCGGCCUGAAGAGGAAGGCUCAGGGACAGCGCUGGCCCCCUUGGGCGCCCCAGCCCUCCGCACCCGCGGCAGCCGGAGCCCCGCACCAUCAACGCCAACACCGCUGCCGGGGCCCCCGACACCACCCGCCGGCUGCUGGCAGUGGGACGGGCCUUGGGUCUGUGGGGGUGAAGGCACCACCCCCCGCCAGGCCCCUGCCACCAACACAGAGUGCCCGCCCUGUGCCCUGGCUGGGCCCCUGCCUGCCCCCCAGCCCCUGCCAGGGGACGCCAGCUUCUACAGCCUUGCGCCUCUGCCUCUGCCACCGUCCUCUGAGUCCCCUGUGGCCUCUCCCAGCCCCAGCCCCCAGGCUGUGUGCUGGCCCAGCGGCUGGCACUAGCUCUGCCAUGUGCCCUGCCUUCCUGUUCUCAUGCAAUAGCAGUCACCGAUGGGCGGCCACCACCCAGAAAACACGCUUUGGCCCCCUGGGCCCCCAGUAUUGGCCUCCCCUUCCCGGGGUGAAGGCCGGGCCCCCCUAUCUGCCGUUUUCCUUUUGACUAGGAUGGGGGAUAUUAAGUGCCCCCCCAAAAAAACAGACACACAGAACAGGCAAUUAUUUAUUUGUUUUUAAUUUAUUUUGUCAUAUUUUUGUAAAACGGCAGAAAUGCAAUAAAAAGAAUAUUUCAACAGUGCCCGAGGAUGGAGCAAUGGAAACAGGGUUCAGGGGCCCAGUG